UUAUGGGUUUAAAGCUUCUUCACCUUUUCUCUCUGUUUUUUAUUUUAUAAUUAAAGAAAUUAAAUAAUAAUGGGAAACUGUUUGAGAAGUGAAUCGACGAUGGUUUGGGCCGGCGAAGAUUGGGGCUCGUUGGAGAAAGAGAGCAGCCAUGACGAUCUCGAAAGCGGUAAUUACAUGGAGAGGUUUAAGCUUUUGGGUGAUCAUGACCAAACAGGACCAUCAUCAUCGUCAUCAGGUAAUAAUAUUCAUAAUCAUCAUGAAGUGAAGAUCAAGAUUUCGAAGAAGGAGCUGGAAAAACUGGUGAGUAGAUUGCGUGGUGGCGAGGAUGGUAUGUCGGUGGAGCAAGUGCUGUUGUCGGAGUUGAUGAAGGGUAAGGGUGUUGGUUUAAGUGUUCAACAUCGUUAUUAUAAGGAGUACAAUGUUGAUCAUGAUCAUCAUCAGAGCCAGUGGGAAAAUCAACGGUCAUGGAGACCCGUUCUUCAGAGUAUUCCGGAGGUCAAUUAACUUAGCUUACCCAUUUGAAAUAUUCUUGGGUUGAAAAAAAGAAAAAAAAAAUGAUGCACAUAUUUUGUAUUUCUCUUGUAAUACGAUAAUUAGGUACAUAUAUAAAAAUUACCUCACUUUUUCAUGUUAAA